AUGAAAACUGACAUCCUGCGAGAUUGAAAAAGGGCUGCUUUGUUUUGUUUGACAGAUAAUUGUUUAACCAAUUUCAAUGCGUAUGCAUGCUUCUUUGCUGCCAAAACUCUUGUCCGUCUCCCAGUCCAUGCCUACGUGAAUGCGUGCACGUAGAGCUCCAGAAUGGCUGGCAAAGAAGAUUUGGAGCAUGCCCAUCGCUACGAAGCUCCGUAUAGCGAAAGGCACCCGAUCCCGACCAUUUCCAAAUAUCGAGAAGAAAAGGAAGCCAGGCAGCAAGAUGCGCUGAAGAGCGAUACUGAUGCUGUCGACGGCCGCGCUUCCCAGGUCGGAGACGAUUGGACCCAAGAUGGCGAAACAACCGAUUCUCAAUCCGAAUCCGAAGUAGAAGCAGUGGUAGAAGAACCAAACGCGGAGGCCCCGAUCGAAGACACCUCGCAGGUUGAUCCCGCCGCAUUCAAUCCACGGAAGCUGAAAAAGGAUUCCAAGAAAGAAAGGGCUGAGCGUGAAGUCACCGAUCCGGUUACUCACCUUCCAGUCAAAAUACAUGACUUCACAGAUAAUGCUCUGAAGGAACUGGACAUAAACGAGGACCCGUUUGAACAGACAAAAAGAACGGCUUCUGGAGUCGAUGAAAAGAACAAGUCCGACUCCGAACUGCGGACGGAGCAAGACAGCUCGCAAAAGAAGCACCAUGCUCUGAUGAACCAAUUCCCACCGCCCGACCUCGAUUUCCUACGUCAAGAAAUUGUCAGUGCAAGCAAUCGUGGGUUUCUGGCCUCACUCGCCGGCGCAUGCAGUAUUCUGGCUAUCGUUUGCGUACUCCGCGAAGCAAUACCUGUAGAUAUGCGUCAGGCGGUGGGUUGGGCAGCCACUACUCAAAGAUUGCUGCUAUGGUCCUCUCUGGUCGGUACUGGGGCUGGAGCAUUUGGCGCUCUUAUUUUCGGCGUGAGAGAAUGGACCGCCAAGAAGGUCGACAACGCCAUCCAAGACGAGGUUUGGCGGUCGCAGCGCCGGCAAAUGGAGAAGGAGACGAAGAAGUACGAGCGAGAAACUACUCUGUGGCUUAAUUCUUUGCUUAGUUCCGUGUGGCCGCUUAUCAAUCCCGACCUAUUCACUAGCCUAGCAGAUACAUUGGAAGAUGUGAUGCAAGCUUCUCUGCCAAAGAUGAUACGAAUGGUGAGUGUGGAUGACAUAGGCCAGGGCAGCGAAUCGCUGCGCAUUCUCGGUAUCAGAUGGUUACCUACUGGAGCAGCUGCUCAAGCUGUAACAGAGGACGGCAAAAUCAUCUCAAAUAAAGACAGAGACAGCCGCAGCAACACAGGCCUGGAGGAAACUGAAGAGAAUGACAGCCAGAGUGAUCAAUUAGUCUUUAGAGGUAUGGAAGCCGAGGAAGGCGAUUUCAUCAACUUGGAAGUUGCCUUCGCAUAUAGGACGCGAUCCACCAGCAAAUCCUUCAAAGAGAGGACCAAAGACAUGCACCUUUACUUGGCUUUCUACCUUCCCGGAAACCUAAAGAUUCCCGUUUGGGUUGAUCUGCAUGGAGCUGUUGGCACCAUGAGACUGCGACUACAGCUCACACCGGAUCCUCCAUUCUUUGACCUCUGCACUUUGACACUACUCGGCCAGCCCAAAGUGAAUCUGAGCUGCGUGCCUCUGAGUAAACAUGGCCUGAAUAUCAUGGACGUACCAUUCAUCAGCAACUUCGUGCAGUCGGCUGUUGACGCCGCAAUGGCGCAGUAUGUAGCGCCCAAGAGUCUCACGUUGAGCCUCAAGGACAUGCUCGCAGGAGACGAUUUCAAGAAGGAUACAUAUGCAAAGGGUGUUCUCAUGAUACAUAUCAAGCGCGGCUACGACUUCAAAAUGGGAGAUUCGGGCAUACCGCUUCUCAAGGACUCCAGCUCAGAUCCCUACGUAUCUGUCGGGUGGGCAAAGUUUGGCAAAGUCCUCUGGAGCACACGCGUUCUGCUCUCUGAAAUGGAACCAUAUUGGCACGAGACUUGCUUUGUACUGGUCACCCCCGAAGAGUUAAAUAUCAAUGAAAGACUGCGGGUACAGCUUUGGGAUUCUGAUCGGUUCACAGCAGAUGACGAUCUCGGGCGGAUUGAAGUCGAUCUUAAGGAGCUUAUGCAAAGGGAAGAGUCGAGCGGACGCAUGUGGGAUCGUACAGAUGGCUUCAGAGCGCUAAGAUCUGGUGAUGAUAUGCCGGGAAAGCUCGAGUGGAGUAUUGGGUACUUCUCUAAAGCAAGGAUCCAAGAAUGCCAAUUCAACCAGCAGACUCAUGAUCCGGAAGUGAGAACAAUGGAGCAGCUAAAAGAAAAAGUCAGCGAGAGAUGCGAGCGGAAGCUUCGAGAGGCCAUGUUGAAACGUGCGUCCAAUCGUGAUGAGAGUGAGCUGCAGCAGCAAAAAAUGCAGGAGCUCAAGGCAGAACAAGACGCGAUGAUCAUUUCGGCACCACCACCAGAUGGAUACCCAAGUGGCAUCUUUAGCCUGCAGAUUCACAACAUUACCGGCCUCGAAGUCCAGAAGCUUAGCAAAAAUCUAAAGGAUAAAGAUGGGAGUGCGAGUGACGAAGAGACCGGCGAGGGCCUGCCAAGCGCCUACUGCACUGUCAUCGUCAACCAUAAUAAAACUUACAAAACGCGUACCAAGCCCCAGAAUUCAAAACCAUUCUUCAACGCAAGCUGCGAGCGCUUUAUUCGAGACUGGAGGUCUUGCGAAGUAUAUGUCUCUGUUAGAGACGCGAGGCUGCACGAAGACCAUCCGUUAUUGGGAAUUGUCCACCUGCGUUUAAGCGAAGUAUUUGAAAAACGCUCGCAAAGAAAUGGAUUCUGGCCCUUAUCUGGAGGCAUUGGAUACGGAAAGAUCAGACUGUCCAUGGUAUGGCGCAGCGUCCAGCUUCAAGCUCCGCGCAACCUGAUCGGAUGGCAAUACGGUACAGUGAACGUUCAGCCAGUAGCAACAAGUUCAGAUUGCCCUCCAGAUUUGCAAUACGCAAAACUCAAGUUGAAAACGGACAUUGGCGGUGCGAAAAUGUAUUCUCGUGGGUCCGAUGAGGCGAUGUGGGCUGCAAGCAAAGACCGACCUCUGAACCUCGCGGUCCAAAAACGACAUAGCAGCUGCUUGUCUAUUGCCUUCAAAGACAAGAAAAAAGUGAUUGGAGAUAAGGUUACCGCGUUCAGUGUGUGCUGGUUGAAGGACAUCCUGGACGGAGAAGAGAUAACUCUCGAACUGCCAAUCUGGAAAGGCGAUAUUAAAAGAGCUACAGCGUGCUGCUUGGACCAAUGUGGAGAACAAGUCGGCACUCUUAAGCUGAAGGUCACAUUUUGGCCGGGGAUGGGCGCUGCACAUUCUGAAUGGGCUAAUAAUAAUGAGCAUACACGAGAUGUUGUUGAGGUAAUCGACGCCGCAAGGGACAGCCUGAGAGAUGACGAGCUGGAAAGAGAGGCAGGAAUUGUGGAUGAGGAAAUUUCGAGUAAUAGCGAUAGCUCCGAUGAGCAUGAGUAUAUACCAGAUGGUAGCGCAGAGCAUAAACAAGGCCCGCUAGACCAGAUACGAGAUUAUAAACGGAGAGAUAAAGCCCUACACAGACAGCAUCGUGGGCUUAUGCAAUGGAAGGUGCCUCGGACAGCUAAAUGGGUGAAACAUAAGGUGGACAAGGCGGAAAAUAGCGUCACUAGCCUGCUUAAUCACCGUAGCAAAGAGGCUGGGAUUGAAACUGAGGUAUAAACGUCGGCCUCUAGAAAGAGGUGGAUAUCAUGUAGUAUUCAGAAUGAUCAUGGUCUAUGAUAUAAUGACAGUGGCUAAUCUAGCGAUAAUGACAACUUUGAUGAACUACACCUCCAAAAGAACCCCAU